AUACCUCAGCUUCAGUCUGCACAAGCCCAGGGAGCCCGGGAGCGCCGGAGGGCAGGCUCAAGGGAAGGCCCCACCAAGUCCUUCUGGGGGGUCUCGAAUGGCAACUGAUACUUAAUCAGACACAAUGUGUUCUGCUGAUUCACAAUUAUGGAGACUGUGUGACUGAGAUACAAGAGAGGUCUAGAAAGAAGGUGUGAGCUGAGGAGGGGACUUGUCAGUGCCUGCUUCUGAGUUGUUCCCUGCAGGCAGGCGCCUCGUGGGGUCUGUGACAGAUGCUGACCACUCACUGGUUCGAAGAUCUACACAUGAAGUCACCAUAACGAGGGUGGCGGCUCCCACUUCGUGAAGACCUCAUCGCCGCGAGGUGGGGCUAAGAUGAGCAUAACCAGCGACGAGGUGAACUUUCUGGUGUAUCGGUAUCUCCAGGAGUCAGGUUUUUCCCACUCGGCCUUCACGUUCGGGAUUGAGAGCCACAUCAGCCAGUCCAACAUCAACGGGACCCUGGUGCCGCCGGCUGCCCUCAUCUCCAUCGUGCAGAAGGGGCUGCAGUAUGUGGAGGCUGAGAUCAGCAUCAACGAGGAUGGCACGGUGUUUGACGGCCGCCCCAUAGAGUCCCUGUCCCUGAUAGACGCUGUGAUGCCCGACGUGGUGCAGACGCGGCAGCAGGCGUUCCGGGAGAAGCUCGCUCAGCAGCAAGCUAGCGCAGCCGCAGCAGCGGCCGCCGCCGCCGCCGCCGCAGCUGCAGCCGCGGCCGCAGCAACAGCAACGGCAACGACAGCAGCCACCACGGCCCCGGCAGCUGUUGCCCAGCCAAACCCUCCGAAGAACGGAGAGGCCACGGUGAACGGGGAGGAGAAUGGAGAGCACGCGAUGAAUAACCACUCGAAGCCCAUGGAAAUAGAUGGAGACGUUGAAAUUCCACCCAGCAAAGCCACUGUCCUCCGGGGUCACGAGUCCGAGGUGUUCAUUUGUGCCUGGAAUCCUGUCAGUGAUCUGCUAGCUUCUGGGUCCGGCGAUUCCACCGCUAGGAUAUGGAACCUGAACGAGAGCAGCAGUGGGAGCUCCACGCAGCUCGUGCUGAGGCACUGUAUCCGCGAAGGGGGCCACGACGUCCCGAGCAAUAAGGAUGUCACCUCACUGGACUGGAACAGCGAUGGGACACUACUGGCUACUGGCUCCUAUGACGGUUUUGCAAGAAUAUGGACGGAAGAUGGUAACUUGGCCAGCACCUUAGGCCAGCAUAAAGGACCUAUCUUCGCCUUGAAGUGGAACAAAAAGGGGAAUUACAUUUUGAGUGCUGGUGUGGACAAGACGACAAUAAUUUGGGAUGCCCACACAGGUGAAGCCAAACAGCAGUUCCCUUUUCAUUCAGCACCGGCUCUCGAUGUGGACUGGCAGAACAACACUACUUUCGCCUCCUGUAGCACAGAUAUGUGUAUUCACGUGUGCAGGCUCGGCUGCGACCGCCCAGUCAAAACCUUCCAAGGACACACGAAUGAGGUCAACGCCAUCAAAUGGGAUCCUUCCGGAAUGUUGCUAGCGUCCUGCUCUGACGACAUGACAUUAAAGAUCUGGAGUAUGAAGCAGGACACGUGUGUGCACGAUCUUCAGGCCCACAGCAAGGAGAUAUACACCAUCAAGUGGAGUCCCACGGGGCCCGCCACCAGCAAUCCGAACGCCAACAUCAUGUUAGCAAGCGCUUCGUUUGAUUCCACGGUUCGGCUGUGGGAUGUGGAGCGGGGUGUCUGUAUCCACACGCUCACGAAGCACCAGGAGCCUGUCUACAGCGUGGCGUUCAGCCCUGAUGGGAAGUAUUUGGCCAGUGGUUCUUUUGACAAGUGUGUGCACAUCUGGAAUACGCAGAGCGGAAGUCUGGUCCACAGCUACCGAGGCACGGGCGGCAUCUUUGAGGUGUGCUGGAAUGCUCGGGGCGACAAAGUGGGUGCCAGCGCAUCUGAUGGCUCCGUAUGUGUUUUGGAUCUGCGAAAAUAAACACAAAAUAUGAUAGAGAAAAGAAAGAAUCCUCGUGGACCAGCAAUGGAUGUGUGGCAUUGUAGCACACUCCCAGUGGUCCGCUCCAGAACCAUGUGAACGUCACUUGCAUUAGAGCGUGCUUUGACGUUAGCUCCUCCCUGGGCCCAGGAGUCUAUAUAUAUAUAUAUAUUUUUUUUUUUGUAAUCUUCAUCCAGAAGUUUAAAAACCAAGCAAAUCCAAAAAGCAUACACACAGUCAUAUCGAGGGGGGGAGAAGGGUCUCCACGUAUGACAUCCCCCCGGGGAAGAAUGAAGGCACCAGUGGCUUGGUUUCCACCCAUAGCAGGGUCAUGGCUAAGUGUGGGAAAGGCUGUGCCAAAAACAAAACAAAACAAAAGCAAAAAAACAACAACAAAAAAAAAACCAAGUGAAAUGCUGUGAUAAACCAAAAGGGGAAAGAACACCUUGCUCUUGUGAUACCCCCAACCCCUCUUGCAAGGGUGUGUUCAAAGACCAGUUUGUACCCCUGAAAUGCGCAACUUUGUAAUCCCAACACUUUCUAUUUUCUAGAACCUUCUUUGUUCAGUGGUUUUUCUAUUUGCUGUAAUUCUGUCAUCCGAGGGCUUGGGUUUGAGAUGGGAACUGUUUUAGGUUUGUUGUUUCGUUCCCGCCACCCUGUCACUGUUGCCCUCUGUGAGGUUUUCUUUGUCUGAUGUGGUCUUGCCCUUUGUGACACCCGCAGGGACAUGGGGACUAAACCAUGGAUAGGCAUAGACAGCUUUCUCCCUCCCACUCCCCUCCGCCCCUCCCCUCCACUCACACUCCUGUCCCUUUCUCAUAAUUGCUUCACAUCUGAGGUUGCAAAAGGCACUUUCAGCGCAGAAUAAGUGCUUUAUGUAAGAAAGCGGGGAGGGGAAUUUUUACAGGAGAAAAAAAAAAAAAAAAAAGACUUAUAAGAGAAAGAGCCUGGAGUAUUUUUGGAAAAAAAAAAUAUUUUUAUGUUUAAACAAUUUUAAAAUCCUGAAAUGGCCAUCAGACAUAGAGAGCUUUGUGUGAUUCAUAUUUUAAAAACACAGACAUUUAUGAAGAUACAGGCAGAGUCAGAGGUAGCUUGCCCUUUCUCUCCAGUGGCGUGGAAGGUGGCCGGCAGCAGGGGAAGAGGCCAUCCUUGGCCACAGUGUGGUCCUGUGAUGAGUCUCUCUCAGCAGUGUGGUGGUCUACAGGCCUGCCACCAAGAACGUGCCCAUCGGGACCUUGUGAGACUCACCUGAAGGCUCCGGAGGGUCCCUUCAUCUAAUGACAAAAUAGGGACACUGGAGGAAGAUGUUUAGGCCUGAAGAUGAAUUAUUUUGUAGGUACAACGUGACCCAUCCCAUCCGCUGGCUUUAUCAUUUCUUUCUCUCACUGCAGACAAGGAAAGAGAAUUGUUGUUGUUGUUUUGGUUUUUUUUAACGAUGAAUCUUUACUGUUUUUUAAAAGUUAAACACAGCUUUGUGUCCCUGGGACUGUUUGCUUCUUACUGGAUGUGGGUGACCCUUGUCUGCUCGUCAUUAUAGCAUAGCCCUGGUCCUACCGGCAGGAGCAGACUGUAAGCCAGGCCUCUUCCUGAGAGCUGAGGAAGGGCCCUGGGCAUGGUGGGAGAUGUGGGCUGCACUCCUUACCGAGGCGGGGUGCUAUUCAGAGAGUGGUGUCCACUCACAGGACAGGAAAUGGGUGACAAGGACCAACCAGGCAAGCCAGCGAGCACUGGACCCUACGGAGUAAUCAGAGGGCAAACAGACCAGAAAGGGCCAUGUUUUCUAGUGGAGUAUUGCACUUGGGCUCUGUUACUUGAACACUCAACAGGGAAAACCCAAGUUCUGUGAAGUCCUGGGUCCCAAUUUCCAACACUGCAGGUGUCCCCACUGAGGAGGCUGUCGGGAGUACAGACACCAUCUUUAGAGCUCCCCAGAGAAAUACACGUUCAUCUCCACCUAGUAUCAGCUGUCAACUGGCAGCCCAUUGUUCAGGUGUGGGUGGUGAAAAGGACGUCAGAGAAGGGACUCCCUAGACAAUCUCGGUCUGGAUGCAGUGGGUGUCCCUCCUGAGGUGAGCGACAUGGCCACCUCAUCACACUUGGUGGGCUGGCACCCAGCCUGGCGAACCCUGACAAGCAGGCUCUUCCUGCACAUAGGGCCACCGUGACCCCUCCUGCCCAUCAGCGUGGCGGAGCACAGGUCAGAGGGACCAAGCCAGAGGAUGCUGCUCUCAGCAAAAUGACAUGACCGCUGGCUGUGGUGGGGGGGUGUGGGGGGCAGCCAUGGCUGCGUAUCUCCAUCGCCUGGCUGCUGGAGCCAGUAGGCUCAGCACCGAAGUCAAGCGCAUGGGCGUUGCGUCACCCGACGUUGUCUACAGCUGUUACGCAAUAGUGAGGAUCCUUCAGUCUGAGUGACCAAAUGUAACCUUACAAGCAAGUACAAGUGACCAUGAGCCCUGUCCAGCACAUGCGUGGGAAAGGGAGGUUGCCCCGCAGGGGACCAGAAGGACCACGGGGACGCCGUGGGGUUCAGCUCUCCAACCCUGCACGACGCCGAUGCCCGCCGUAGGACUGGACCUUUUGUUCUGUCUUUCUCAAGCAUAGAUCACAGAGCCGAGUCCCAUGCACUUUGUCCAAUGUAAGGAUCUGCUUUGUUCCUUUGUAUUUUUUUUUUCUCUUUUUUUAACCUCUUGUUCCACCUUUAUUUUGUUUUCCAUUUUGUUUCUUGUCAAAUAUAGAAGUGUCUCUUCUACCGCUCACUGAAGUUUUGAAUUCUGGCUUCUGCAGUUUUUAUUGUCUGUGUCAGACAUACAGCCAGAGGUGGUUCUCGGUCAGCAUUUCCCAGAUUCUGUUCAACAGCAUCGCCCACCCCCGAUUUGUUCUGUAUCCCCACCCCUACUCAUCCCUCACGCUGUUGGAGAAAAAAAAAAAAAAUCACCCUGUGUGUUGUAGCUCAUUUGUUUCCAGAGAGAAUCAACAGAUCAUAUUCAGUGUCUUGAAUAAAUUGCUCUAUUUUGAUAUUA